UACUUCUAUAUAUACAAUCAAUCAAUGGGUUCACCACAAAUUGGAUCAAACAAUUAAAACAUGAUCAUCUUUUCAAAUAUGGGUUAAUUUUGUUAUUACAUUUAAGGUUUGAUCUGUUUGUAUUAGUGGAUCGUUGAUGGCAGAUGUUAGAGGAUCUACAAGAGGGAUGGGAGAGAGAUCAUCGUCGUCGACGUCAACACUAGGUUUCCGCCGAAAGGUUGUACCUUUCUCAGAGUGGAUGGAGGACUCCAAAGGCCAUUAUCUCCUCCUUCAACUUCCAAAUUUCAAAAAGGGGGAGGUGAAGGUUGAGGUUAAUGAUUCAGCUGGCCAUGUAACAAUCAGCGGAGAAAGGCAAGUGAAUAAGGAGAAUGAAUCUGGGUCUUCGGAUGAACUUGAGUCUUUUGAUGAGGAGGAGAGUGAAUCUGAUCAGUCUUCUGAGGAUGAAAUGUAUUUUGUGGAGAUUAAGAAUGAAUUUGAGUAUUUUGAGGAGAAAUUCACCAUUCCACCAAACUCAGAUUCCAAUAUGAUCACCGCAAAAUUGGAGGGUGAGACGCUCUAUAUCAUUAUACCAAAGGUAGGAGCAACAGAGAAUACAAAUGUCCUAGGCUUAUUAUUAAGACCUGAAAAUGAUGGACGCUACUCAAACAUAUUAUUAGGAAAUGGCCAUGUAUUGUUCUCUCUGGAAAAUAUAUGGAAAUGGGAUGAGCAUGAAGAUGGGGUUUUAAGGAUGGCAAUGGAGAUGCUGAGCAAAAAGAAAAGGAUGGUUUUAACCGCCGCGACCGCCGCCCUUGUAGCAUUUUCAUUAGGGAUGCUAGUUUGUCAUCAGACGUUCCAAUCAGGAGGAGGAGAGUGAGAAUUAAGUAUGAAUUAAGGCUGGCUAGCCAUGGAUUAUGGAUAUUAUGUUUACUUAAGCUAAUGUGUACAUAUUCACAACCCAUUCCUCUUAAUAUUAAUGAAAAUGAAAAUGUCUGAAAAAUUAAACAUGAUGAUCGACUGCAUAUGAUAUAGAGAAUCUAUUUUGUGGACAUGUGAAGAAGUAAAAAGCAGGGAGCCUCCUUGGGUAA